AUGGGCCGCCCCGAGCGGGGCGCGCUCCGGCCGCUGGCGCUGCUGCUGCUGCUGCUGCAGCUCCAGCAUCUCGCGGCGGCGGCAGCGGAUCCACUGCGCGGCGGCCAAGGGUCGGUCAAGGAGUGCGAAGAGAACCAGUUCCGGUGCCGGAACGAGCGCUGCAUCCCCUCCGUGUGGAGGUGCGACGAGGACGACGACUGCUCCGAUAACAGUGACGAGGACGACUGCCCCAAGAAGACCUGUGCAGACAGCGACUUCACCUGUAACGAUGGCCAUUGCAUCCGAGAGCGGUGGAAGUGCGAUGGCGAGGAGGACUGUCCAGACGGCUCUGACGAGUCGGAGGCCACGUGCACCAAGCAGGUGUGUCCUGCAGAGAAGCUGAGCUGCGGACCCUCCAGCCACAAGUGUGUGCCGGCCUCGUGGCGCUGCGAUGGGGAGAAGGACUGCGAGAACGGAGCGGACGAGGCUGGAUGUGCCACGUUGUGCGCCCCGCACGAGUUCCAGUGCAGCAACCGCUCGUGCCUGGCCGCCGUGUUCGUGUGCGACGGCGACGACGACUGUGGCGACGGCAGCGACGAGCGCGGCUGCGCCGACCCGGCCUGCGGGCCCCGCGAGUUCCGCUGCAGCGGCGACAGCGGCGCCUGCAUCCCCGAGCGCUGGGUCUGCGACCGCCAGUUCGACUGCGAGGACCGCUCAGACGAGGCGCCCGAACUGUGCGGCCGCGCGGGCCCCCGGGCCACGCCCGCGCCGGCCGCCUGCGCCGCCGCCGCCCAGUUCGCCUGCCGCAGCGGCGAGUGCGUGCACCUGGGCUGGCGCUGCGACGGUGACCGCGACUGCAAGGACAAGUCGGACGAGGCCGACUGCCCGCUGGGCACCUGCCGUGGAGAUGAGUUCCAGUGCGGGGAUGGGACUUGUGUGCCUGCCAUCAAGCGCUGCAACCAGGAGCAGGACUGUCCAGACGGGAGUGACGAAACUGGCUGCCUGCAGGAGUCAACAUGUGAGGGUCCCCGCAGAUUUCAGUGUAAGAGUGGCGAGUGCGUGGACGGCAGGAAAGUGUGUGAUGCUCAGAGGGACUGCCGGGACUGGUCGGAUGAGCCUCUGAAAGAGUGUGGCCUGAACGAGUGUCUGCACAACAAUGGUGGCUGUUCCCACAUCUGUACCGACCUUAAGAUUGGCUUUGAGUGCACGUGCCCUGCAGGCUACCAGCUCCUGGACCAGAAGACCUGUGGCGACAUCGAUGAGUGCGAGGACCCAGAUGCCUGCAGCCAGAUCUGUGUCAAUUACAAGGGCUACUUUAAAUGCGAGUGCCACCCUGGCUACGAGAUGGACACACUGACCAAGAACUGCAAGGCCGUUGCUGGCAGAAGCCCAUCCCUGAUCUUCACCAACCGGCACGAAGUGCGGAGGAUAGACCUGGUAAAGCGGGACUACUCGCGGCUCAUCCCCAUGCUCAAGAACGUCGUGGCGCUGGACGUUGAAGUUGCCACCAAUCGCAUCUACUGGUGCGACCUCUCCUACCGCAAGAUCUACAGUGCCUACAUGGACAAAGCCAGCAACCCCAUGGAGCAGGAUGUCCUCAUUGACGAGCAGCUGCACUCCCCCGAGGGCCUGGCAGUGGACUGGGUCCACAAGCACAUCUACUGGACAGAUUCUGGCAACAAGACCAUCUCCGUGGCCACAGUCGACGGCAAACGCCGAUGUACCCUCUUCAGCCGCAACCUCAGCGAACCCCGGGCCAUUGCCGUCGACCCCCUGCGAGGGUUCAUGUAUUGGUCUGACUGGGGGUUCCAGGCCAAGAUUGAGAAGUCCGGGCUCAACGGCGUGGGCCGGCAGACACUGGUGUCAGAUGGUAUUGAGUGGCCCAAUGGAAUCACCCUGGAUUUGCUGAACCAGCGCUUGUACUGGGUGGACUCCAAGCUGCACCAGCUGUCCAGCAUUGACUUCAAUGGAGGCAACAGGAAGAUGCUGAUUUCCUCCCCUGACUUCUUGAGCCACCCUUUUGGGAUAGCUGUGUUUGAGGACAAGGUGUUCUGGACAGACCUGGAGAAUGAGGCCAUUUUCAGUGCAAAUCGGCUCAAUGGCCUGGAAAUCUCCAUCCUAGCUGAGAACCUCAACAACCCACAUGAUAUCGUCAUCUUCCAUGAGCUGAAGCAGCCAAGAGCUGCAGAUGCCUGUGAGCUGAGUGCCCAGCCCAAUGGGGGCUGUGAGUACCUGUGCCUUCCUGCUCCUCAGAUCUCCAGCCACUCCCCCAAGUACACGUGUGCCUGUCCUGACACAAUGUGGCUGGGCCCUGACAUGAGGAGGUGCUACCGAGCACCUCAGUCUACCUCAACUACGACAUUAGCCUCUACCACAGCGAGGACACUGGCCGACACCACCAGAGCCCCUGGGACCACCAUCCACAGCCCCGCCUACCAGAACCACAGCACAGAGACACCGAGCCUGGCCACCGUGGUCCCAAGCUCAGUUAGUGUCCCCAGGGCUCCCAGCAUCAGCCCGUCUACCCCAAGCCCUGCAACCAGCAACCACUCCCAACACUAUGGGAAUGAAGGUGGAAAGAUGGGCUCCACAGUCACAGCUGCUGUCAUUGGGAUCAUCGUGCCCAUGGUGGUCAUAGCCCUGCUGUGCAUGAGUGGCUACCUGAUCUGGAGAAACUGGAAGCGGAAGAAUACCAAAAGCAUGAAUUUCGACAAUCCAGUGUACAGGAAAACAACUGAAGAAGAGGAGGAGGAUGAGCUGCACAUAGGGAGGACUGCUCAGAUUGGCCAUGUCUACCCAGCAGCAAUCAGCAGCUUUGAUCACCCACUGUGGGCAGAGCCCUGUCUUGGGGAGACCAGAGAACUGGAAGACCCAGCCCCUGCCCUCAAGGAGCUUUUUGUCUUGCCGGGGGAACCAAGGUCACAGCCGCACCAACUCCCGAAGAACCCUCUUUCCGAGCUGCCUGUCGUCAAGUGCAAGCGAGUGGCAUUAAGCCUUGAAGAUGAUGGACUGCCCUGAGGAUGGGACCACUCCCUUCGUGCCUCAUGGAAUUCAGUCCCAUGCACUACACUCUGGAUGGUGUAUGCCUGGAUGGAAGGGUUUCUGUACUUAAGUCUGUGUGUAUGUGUGUGUGUAUGAGUGUGUGUGUAAUUUUUUUUAAUUUAUGUUGCAGAAAGGUAACCACAAAGUUAAUGAUGAACUGCAGACAUCCAAAGGAUGUGAGAAUUUUUAUAUGUAUAAUGUUUUAUACACUUUUUAACUGGUUGCACUACCCAUGAAGAAUUCAUGGAUUAGCUACUGCUGAGUGACUAACAGGAUGUACAUAACCAAAUGGGGCCGAUGGUACAGUAGCUUACUCAUCAUUUAAAAAUUAUAUGUACAGAGGGCUUUUGGUUUGGAGGGUCUUUUUUAGGUUUCAGAGUUAUGUUUUGUUUUUUGUAAAUAGAAUGAUAAUACUUUGUGGCUAUCCAUCAACAAAAGUAAAAAGAAAAAAAAAAGAAGACACGUCAACUCCCUCUCCCAUUUAGGUUAUUUAUUAACAUAUUUCAAAACCAAGAUUAGAUCUGUAAGUAAUUUAGAGACAUGAGAGUAUUUAUUUUCGGUGUGACUGGCCCACUAUGUGGUCUCUGUGUGCGUUUAUGUUUCUGCGUGUAUGUGAGUGAGAGAGAAAAAUCUGUAGAGAAGAGGCGCACCUGUGGCUGUUGUUAACUUACGUAAAGAUAAGUAUGUUUUAAAACAAUCCACAAGAGAGGGGUAUCUGUAGUUUCCAGAGAAGCCUUUGUAAAUUUGGCUCAGGAAAGAGAUAUCAUGAUUUGUGCAAACGUGCAGUGGAAGAGGUCGGUCUUCUCUGCCUCUGGCUGUUCCUGGGACUCCAGUCAGUCAGAAGAGAGCCCCUUGGCUCAUGAGGGGCUGCCGUAGCUCUCACCUGGGCUUUCUCUUCUGUGGCUAAAGCCAGUGUACAGACUUCACACAAUACACAAAGUUCUCGCAAGCUCAGAUGAGAACAUUCCUGAACCUCGGCUACUCCUUGUUUUAAAGUCCAGCAUUUCAAGUAAUUUCAUUUUCCUUCAGGACACUUGGAUUGAAUUCAUUGUUUUCUCUGAAGCAUACUGAGGGUGCCAUCCUUACUUAGAAAGAGCUAGUGGAGAUGUUUUUAGAACCACCCAAGUUUACUUUAGGGACUGGCUCAGGCCCUUACCUCUGAGUAUCCUAUGGGUGAGGAUAAGGACGGAGGAAUAGGUUUUGUUAAUCUCUAUUUCACCCUUCCCCUUACUCUCUGCCACAUCCUUAGGGUGGGAAAACAGUUUAAGGUGAUACAUAGGUUUGUUACCAUCAUGUGUCUACAUAGAUGAACUGCUAUUUGGCUUAAAUCAGAAAAAGUGGCCAAACCUAAAGUCCUAUUUGAGGAGGAAAUGGCAUACACAAUAUUAUAGUACACUGGAUAUAUAUGUUCACACAGGAAUUUGGU